UUGAGUUCCAACCAGAAUUUAUAUACGGAAAUCCCUUACCAUUAGAUCUUUGUCAAGUACAUGAGUGUGGGGUCCGUCUACUGUAUGUAGAUGGGAUACAUAGCUUUGAUUUGAUCAGGUCAGGCUAUUUUUGUUUUUACCCUGUGAAUGGUGAUGAAUUGGAAACAAUGUUCCAAGCCAAGAGAGCAAGGUUCCAAGGCAUGAGAUGGGAGGAUUAUUUUGUCAUGUGUAGGACCUAUGAAUUCUUGGCGGACCUUCAGCUGCCUGAUGUUGUAGCCGAGCCAUCUAGUUUCUGCCUCCCUGGAGAUGCGACUCCGGAGUGGUUUAGCCAUCAAAGUUGGGGAUCUAAAGUAACAUUCCAGCUAUCUUCAAAUUGGACUAAUAGCAAGUUCUUGGGUUUCUCUCUUUGCGCAGUCAUUGCAUUUGGUUCUGUCAGUUAUGGUUUGCUUGUUAAAUGCACAUAUCACUUCCGCAAUAAGCAUGGUGAUAGCUGUGACCUCGAUUGGUAUCUCCAUGGUUGGUUUGAUGACCAGGGCAUCGACUCAGCAUGCAUAUUCAUGGGAUUUGAUCCCUGUGUGGUUGCCAAAGAAAGGGAUACGUUUAGUGAAUAUAGCGAGGUCUCAGUUGAAUUCCACCUGGAAAACAAUUUAUAUGGUUGUUAUGUGGUUGAGUGUGGGGUCCAUCUACUGUAUGACGGCGGGGAGUUUGGGCUCCGUCUACUGCAUGCCAAUGAUGAAGAUAAGAUACAACGCUUUCAUUUGAUAAUGUCAGACUCCUCUCGUUUUUAUCCUCUAGAUCGAGAUGAAUUGGAAGUAAGGUUCCAAGCCAAGAGAGCAAGGUUCCAAGCUGAUAGAUGGGAGGAUUAUUCUGUCAUGCGUAGGACCUAUAAAUUCUUGGCGGACCUUCAGCUGCCUGAUGUUGUAGUCGAGCCAUCUAGUUUCUGCCUCCCUGGAGAUGUAACUCCAGAGUGGUUUAGCCAUAAAAGUUGGGGAUCUACAGUAACAUUCCAGCUAUCUUCAUAUCGGGCUAGUAGCGAGUUCUUGGGUUUUUCUCUUUGCGCUGUCAUUGCAUUUGAUUCUUUCAGCCAUUGUUUGUAAGUUAA